UUUUUUUUUUUUUUUUUUUAUCGCUGAAUCAAAAAAAAAUAUGGCAUGAGCUGGUCCUUCGCCUAGACGGUGCAGGUUUUCCUUCUCAUGCGGCAAUCCAACACGAAUUCCCACCUUCGUAAACAACGAAGGCAGUCCAAGCUGUCGACGCCCAGUAUCUUUUCAUUCUUUACAUCGGCGCCACCUUCCCCUGUUCGUGAACCCUACAUACCCAAACCACGGUCGCAAUCGCUGGGUGAACCAUUGGAGGUUCCACAUUCAACCACAGCUUCAUCAGCUCGGAACAAGUCGUCUACCAUUGCCUCCAUUAUAUCAAAGGCCAAACGACAUAAUGUCAAACGAUCCCACACCGCCGUCGACUUGUCGCCCCAUCGCGAAUGCAUAAACGAUCACGGCAUGGUAUCACCACCGGCCAGCCAACUGCAACCGGAAUCCACCACCGAUUAUUUUUCAUCCGCCACCAUUCAUCCAUUUGCUCGUAUCGAUCAACCGAUCUGUCUGUUUGAAAACGAUGAAGAAGAAAUCGAGCGACUUCAACUGAAAAAUGAUCUGGUGAAACUGGCGUUUGACAGUGAGUUUGUACUACCAAUUAAUUUCAAAAGCAUGAAAGAGGGACGAAUUCUCGAUGUAGGCUGCGGUCCCGGAUCUUGGUGCGUCGAGAUCGCUCAACAAUAUCCCCAAAUUGAAGUGGUCGGCGUUGACUGCGACAUGGUAUUUCCCGAACCCAACAGUAUCCCGGCCAACUGCAAACUCUUUUUGUUCAAUGUGCUUCGAGGACUACAACGAUUCCACGAUGCAAGUUUUGACUUUAUUCACAUUCGAUUCAUGGUGUUGGCUUUUACUUUUGAACAAUAUCGACAGGUCAUCAAGGACUGCUGGCGGAUCCUGAAACCUGGGGGCUACCUUGGCAUCAUGGAAGGCGAUAUGAUGAUCUACUCUACUGGGCCUGUCACGGCCGAACUGAAUUAUGAAUUGAUUGAUAUGGCUAAUAGUCAAGGAUUCAAACCGUUGCUAGCGAGACAAUUGGCGGAAAUCGUACCUGAAGACGCUCACAACUAUCAAGAAAAAUACCAUUCUUUACCCAUUGGUGUGUGGGGCGGUCGAUUAGGCGUGAUGUUUCGCGACGAUAUGGUCCACGUGUUAAGAAAGUCUCAACCUGCCAUAGCAAGACACUACGAUCGACCGGAAAAAUCCCGUCAUGCCUUUGAAGCAGCGGUCAACAAAAUGUCAUACGAAGUAGAACAGUAUCAUAGUUAUAGUAAUUUUCAUUUUAUCAGUCUACAAAAACCUAAUAAUGAAUCAUUCGAACCUCAAUAAAUCAAAUAUCCUCCCC